CCAUGGGAAUCUGCUAGGGCCCUGACUAGGGUUUUCACUUCCGUCGAAAACGCCACAUUUAAGACAGACACUUCUGUCCUUAAGACUGGGGAGGAUAUGGUUGCAGCCUCCCCGGCAACCACGCCAGCCUUUGCCAGUGUGCCAGUUACAGAGGAAGUAAUUGAGAAAUCGGAAGAGAAGCUCCCGAAUGCUACUUUGAAGGAGAACUGUGCAGAUGGAGAUUCAAUCAAUUGCUCAGAUCCUAGGGUUUUGUUCGCCAUUCAGAGGUUCAACGUGAGGAGAUUCAAGUCGCUUGCGUUUUUCGAUUACCAAACUCCUGUUAAUGGGUCUCAGCCAGACGAAUGUGAUGUGGCCUGGAGGUUUAGGAACAAGAGAGAGAAGUCAUGGAGGAAGUAUAGGGAUUUUCGGAGGUUUAAAAUCGGAUUUACUAGCGACUGUAGUCACAGAGUUGUUCGAGCAGGGAAAUGGCAUUCAGGGGUAAAGGCUCGUCCUCCGAGGAUUCAAGGUAAUAACGGGAAUGCCACUAGACAUGGCUCAAAACCAAAAAUCUCUCCCCCUAUCCAGGAUGAUGAGAUCAAUGAUACAAUCCCAGUCAUGGGGUCAGAUCUGGCUUUCAGGAACGGGAAAUAUUUGUACUAUUCUCGUGGCGAUGACUAUUGUAAAGGGAUGAAUCAGUUUCUAUGGAGCUUUCUGUGUGCUCUGGGUGAGGCCCAGUACUUGAAUCGGACGUUCGUGAUGGAUCUGAGGAUCUGUCUGGCGUCCACUUACACUCAGAGCAACAAGGACGAGGAAGGGAAAGACUUUAGGUUCUACUUUGAUUUUGAGCACUUAAAAGAGGAGGCCAGGAUCGUGGAUGAAGUAGAUUUCCUCAAAGAUUGGAAGAGAUGGGACAAGAUGCACAAUAAGAAGAUCCCUGUGAGAAAGGUUGCUGGCUAUAGUGUCACGCCCAUGCAGCUUAGAAGGGAUAAUAAAACCACAAUAAUAUGGAGAAAAUUUGAUGGCCCGGAGCCUGAAAACUAUUGGUAUCGUGUCUGUGAAGGUCCAUCUGCAAAGUACAUUCAGAGGCCCUGGCAUGCUCUGUGGAAAUCAAAGAGAUUGAUGAACAUAGUCACUGCAAUCAGUGCGAGUAUGGAUUGGGACUUUGACGCUGCACAUGUGGUCAGGGGUUACAAAGCAGAGAAUAAGGAGUUAUGGCCCCAUUUGGACGCUGAUACAUCUCCUGAUACCCUGGUUGAGAAGAUUCAAAAAAUGGUCGUGCCGGGAAGAAAUCUAUAUAUUGCCACGAACGAGCCAUUCUACAAUUACUUUGAUAAGUUGAGACCUCACUUCAAGCUUCACUUGCUUGAUGAUUACCAGUAUUUGUGGAGUAACACAAGUGAAUGGUACAAUGAGACAACACUUCUGAAUGGUGGCCGCCCUGUUGAAUUCGAUGGGUACAUGAGGGUCGAAGUAGACACCGAGGUUCUUUAUAGAGCCAAGACAAAGGUGGAGACAUUCUACAAUCUCACCAAAGAUUGCAAGGAUGGGAUCAACACGUGCUAGGCUGGCUGCAGAUCUUAUGUCAAUUCAUUCAUGUACCAUUUUACAAUUUUUUUCCCCAUCUCAAGAGUGAAAUGUUAUGAAACAUAAAUUUGAUAAAAGAUGUUAUGACAUGGCUUUUACAUCAUUCAUAUUGAUUGUAACAUAUUUUGCUUUCUUUCUUAACCCUUAUUCACUACUACAUGAUUGACAUUUAACAGUGUACUUAAGAGGCACGCUCCAUUUAUUAUUUUUAAUCUAAUGAUGUCUGUUCAACCAUAUGCGCUUUCUUAAGCCUAAACCCAGCGGUUAAUCUCUGCUUCAGCUCUCGAUCUUCAACUCUCUCUUGUUCUGCAUGAAUCCCACUGCCGGGCAGGCUCUGGUGUUAGGGCAGACACAGAGUGGAAGCAAACGCAGGCUACUCCCUGGAGUUGAAAAGUUAAUUAUAGUUUCAAUUGAUCAGCCUGUUCACCGUCAACCAUCUGCAAUUUGUUUCCAUCUGCUGAGUAAGUUGUUCUCCACUGUAAUCUGUUCUCAUUUGUGAAGCAGAUUGUUCAAUUUGCUUUAAAUACAUAUUUACACUAAGAGAGGUUUUAGUUUCCACAUUCAAAAUGCGGUGAUUCUGCUGCUUUUAAAUUAUAUGAUUCUGAAAAGUGAAAAUCAAGUUAUGAUUUUAAGAGGAAAAAAAAACCACCUAAUAAUUUAUGCUCUAAUUG